AUGGCGCGUGACGAACCGGCAGCACGCGCAGGGGGUGAGACGCGAGUCUCGCGGGUUGCUCGGAUUCGGAUCAAACACAAAAGAGCUGCAGAAGUUCUCCGCGUGGGACCGCGAGCAGCGCGUGAGAAUGACCCCACUGUCCUUUUAGACCGCCAUGACGGCGUACCGGGCCACAGCUCGAGGCUCUCCCAGCUCGGCUCGGUGUCUCAGGCUCCGUACUCCAGCGCGCCGCCGCUCUCGCACGCGCCCUCCUCGGACUUCCAGCCGCCCUACUUCCCUCCACCGUACCAGCCUCUGCCCUACCCGCAGAGCCAGGAUCCGUACUCACACGUUAACGACCCGUACGCGCUGAACGCCCUGCACCAGCAGCACCAACAGCACCCAUGGGGCUCGCGCCAGCGGCAGGAGGUCGGCGGGGAAAGCGCGUCUUUACUCCCGCAGCCGAGAGCGUCUCUGCCGCAGCUGGCCGGGCUCGACCCGCGGCGGGAUUACUCCUCAAUGCGCCGACCGGAUGUGUUAUUGCACUCUGCCCCGCACGGGCUCGAGGCCGGUAUGGGGGAAAGUCUGUCGCUGCACGGCCUCACGCACGGCAUGGACGACACGCACGGUAUAGAAGAUGUCAACCACAGUGGCAUGAAUCUCCUGGAUCAAUCAGUUAUUAAAAAAGUGCCGGUUCCCCACAAGUGUGUGACUUCUCUGAUGAUGAAGGACGGGUUGAUUGGUGGAGUUAGCGUGAACGUGAAUGAGGUGUUCUGUUCGGUACCGGGCCGCCUGUCACUCCUCAGCUCCACCUCCAAAUACAAAGUGACGGUGGGUGAAGUGCAGCGGCGUCUGUCACCCCCCGAGUGCCUGAACGCGUCCCUGCUGGGCGGGGUACUUCGCAGAGCGAAAUCGAAAAACGGAGGCCGGUCUCUGAGAGAGAAGUUAGAGAAAAUCGGCUUGAAUUUACCUGCAGGGAGACGCAAGGCUGCCAACGUUACUUUACUGACCUCACUGGUGGAAGGUGAAGCUGUACAUUUAGCCCGGGAUUUCGGCUACAUCUGUGAGACAGAGUUUCCGACUAAAGCUGUAUCAGAGUACCUGAACCGACAGCACACGGACCCCAACGAGAUACACGCGCGGAAAAACAUGCUGCUCGUAACUAAGCAGUUGUGUAAAGAGUUCACUGACCUGUUGGCGCAAGAUCGCACCCCACUCGGAAACUCUCGACCGACGCCGAUCCUGGAGCCAGGCAUUCAGAGUUGUUUGUCUCACUUCAGCUUCAUCACACAUGGCUUUGGCUCACCUGCCAUCUGCGCUGCCCUCACCACACUCCAAAACUACCUGACCGAAGCACUCAAAGGCCUUGACAAGAUGUUCAUUACCAACCAGACAUCCAGCCGGCAUACUCCAGCUGAUGGGCCUGGCUCUAAAGGAGGAGAUAAAGAUGAGAAACACAGAAAAUGA